AUGCGUGAGGAGGAGCUGGAGGUGGCGCUGAAAGUCGUGAUAGUGGGUGACGGAGGCGUUGGCAAAUCCAGCAUGAUACAAAGAUACUGCCGAGGCACCUUCACGCGGGACUACAAGAAAACCAUAGGCGUUGACUUCUUAGAGAGGCAAAUAGAGAUUGACGGAGAAGAAGUCCGGCUGAUGCUAUGGGACACAGCAGGACAAGAAGAGUUUGAUGCCAUCACAAAGGCUUACUACCGCGGUGCACACGCGUGCGUGCUGGCGUUCUCCACAACAGACAGAGACUCGUUUCUAGCACUACAUUCUUGGAAGUUGAAGGUAGAAAAUGAAUGUGGAGAGAUCCCUACAAUAAUAGUUCAAAAUAAAAUAGAUCUGAUGGAUCAAUGCGUCGUUGGACCUGACGAAGCUGAACUGGUUGCGCGCGCGUUGGGUUGCCGUCUGAUGCGUGCGUCGGUGAAGGAGGAUGUGAAUGUUGGCGCGGUGUUCCGUGCGCUAGCGGCGCGCUGCCUCGCCGACAUGAGGCGGGAGGACGACGCCGAUAAUGGAUUACCACCCUGCGUGGCACCAGUCAUAGGUACAUUUACGAAUCAUAACAGCAACGGCACGAUUUUACUCCGGCCCGCUAAACACCGACCAGGCAAGAAGAAAAACGUCCUCAAGAACGCCUGCAGGAUACUGUGA